ACGGAAUUGUAAUAUAUUCGCCGUCCGUCGCUCAUAAGCUUAAGCUCCGACGAAAAUGUCCGGACAUGGUCGGCCUAGCAAAAAGUUCAAAAGUUCUGCUAAGGAGGAGAUACGAAAUCCAAUCGUCGAAGACGAAGAUGCGUAUUAUGGAGAAGAGAUGGAUGAAGACAGUCGCGAUGGGGAGAGAGAAACAAAGAAAAGAGAUUUCACUAAGCUAGAGCUGAAACCAGAUCACAUUAAUCGUCCUUUAUGGGCUUGCGCCGAUGGUCGAAUCUUUCUGGAGACCUUCUCACCAUUGUACAAACAAGCUUAUGAUUUUCUGAUUGCAAUCGCCGAGCCUGUUUGCAGACCAGAAUCGAUGCACGAGUAUAACCUUACCCCUCACUCAUUGUAUGCUGCUGUCUCGGUGGGGCUUGAGACUGAAACCAUCAUCACUGUUUUGAACAAAUUGUCAAAGACCAAACUUCCUAAGGAGAUGAUUGAUUUCAUCUAUGGAUCAACUUCUAAUUAUGGGAAAGUGAAGCUUGUUCUGAAAAAGAAUCGGUACUUUGUGGAGUCUCCCUUUCCAGAGGUGCUGAAGAAGUUGCUUAAGGAUGAGGCUAUAUCUCGUGCGAGGAUCUCUUCUGAGGUACAUGGAAAUGAUGCUUUUACAGUUAGCAAAUCAAUUGGUGAAAUAGAAGGUCGCCAUGAUGAGUUGCUAAAUGGAGUUGAGUUGGCAGCUGCAGCUGAAGAAAAAGAGACACAUUCCUUUGAAAUUGAUCCAGUUCAGGUUGAAAAUGUGAAGCAACGUUGUUUGCCAAAUGCUUUAAAUUAUCCAAUGUUGGAGGAGUAUGACUUCAGGAAUGACACUGUUAACCCUGACCUGAACAUGGAAUUAAAGCCUCAAGCACAACCUCGUCCAUACCAGGAAAAGAGUCUUAGUAAGAUGUUUGGGAAUGGUAGAGCAAGAUCUGGAAUUAUUGUUUUGCCUUGUGGUGCUGGAAAAUCUCUCGUUGGUGUUUCGGCAGCCUGUCGAGUUCGAAAGAGCUGCCUUUGCUUAGCAACAAAUGCUGUUUCUGUGGAUCAAUGGGCUUUCCAAUUCAAGCUCUGGUCCACCAUACGAGAUGACCAGAUCUGCCGUUUCACAUCUGAUAGCAAGGAACGAUUCCGUGGUAAUGCUGGUGUGGUUGUGACUACUUAUAAUAUGGUUGCUUUUGGUGGUAAAAGAUCUGAAGAGUCUGAGAAAAUCAUUGAGGAGAUAAGAAACAGAGAAUGGGGGUUGCUUCUUAUGGAUGAGGUGCAUGUGGUCCCUGCCCACAUGUUUCGUAAGGUCAUCAGCAUCACUAAAUCCCAUUGCAAACUUGGGCUUACUGCUACACUUGUGAGAGAGGAUGAACGCAUCACAGACCUGAACUUCCUUAUUGGUCCCAAAUUGUACGAAGCAAAUUGGUUAGAUUUGGUCAAGGGAGGAUUCAUUGCAAAUGUCCAAUGUGCUGAAGUAUGGUGUCCAAUGACAAAGGAGUUCUUUGCUGAAUACUUGAAAAAAGAAAAUUCCAAGAAAAAGCAGGCUCUCUAUGUGAUGAAUCCAAAUAAGUUCAGGGCAUGCGAAUUUCUGAUACGGUUUCAUGAACAACAACGUGGUGAUAAGAUAAUUGUUUUUGCUGACAAUCUUUUCGCUCUCACUGAAUAUGCAAUGAAGCUACGGAAACCUAUGAUCUAUGGUGCUACCAGCCACCAAGAAAGGACAAGAAUUCUUUACGCAUUCAAGCAUAGUCCAGAUGUUAAUACUGUUUUCCUUUCAAAGGUGGGGGAUAACUCAAUAGAUAUCCCUGAGGCAAAUGUGAUAAUCCAGAUCUCAUCUCAUGCUGGUUCACGGCGUCAAGAGGCUCAACGACUUGGACGUAUUCUUAGGGCAAAGGGUCGACUGCAAGAUAGGAUGGCUGGGGGUAAAGAGGAGUACAAUGCUUUUUUCUAUUCCCUAGUAUCAACUGAUACCCAGGAGAUGUAUUAUUCUACCAAAAGGCAACAAUUUCUGAUUGACCAAGGUUAUAGCUUUAAGAUCAUCACAAGCUUGCCUCCACCUGAUUCAGGACCUGAAUUGAAUUAUCAUCGCCUUGAGGAUCAGUUGCAACUUCUUGGCAAGGUGCUGAGUGCUGGUGAUGAUGCAGUUGGUUUAGAGCAAUUAGAAGAAGAUGCAGAUGAUAUUGCCCUCCUGAAAGCCCGACGUUCUUUUGGAUCAAUGAGUGCCAUGUCCGGGGCUAAUGGGAUGGUUUACAUGGAAUACAACACUGGACGGGGCAAGUAUCCUGGGCAGGGUCAUAUCAAAAGUAAGCCCAAGGAUCCUGCAAAACGGCAUUUAUUGUUUAAGAAGCGCUUUGGCUGAGACUAUUUUGAUGCCUUUCUAUUUGGAGGUUGGAUUUCAUCUAUCAACAGGGAGAUCAUUGCUGAGCUUUACUAACAUGGCUGCAUAGUGUUUCUGGUACUGUGAGGUUGGUCUCUAGAGGAACAGUAGAAUUACUAAUUUUUAUCCCAAUCCGAGCAAUGAACUGGAGUUGCUGCCAUGGUAUUCUCAUGUUCAGAAUGUAAGGCAUGGCAUGGCUCUGUUUGUUUCCAAGGAGAGUCAUCAAGUAAAAUCAUCACUUUUUCUAUUGAUUUUACCUGCAAGUUUUCCUUUUACACAGCUUUUACCUGGAAA